AUGUUGCUAAGAUAUGGCAUCAACCUGGAUCAGCAGGCAAGGAUUGGCACUUCAGACACAGGUCUUGGUCCCGUAUUGGCAAAAAGUGUCGGCGGUAUUGAACAUGCUAUUAUGUUCCUGAACUUGAAACUACUGGAUUGGGAGACCAGCUAUGAAGUGUCAGUAUUUCAAAGAGCCCAGGCAAUGGUGUUUGCUAUUGAGGAGAUUAAUCAAAAUCCAAAUAUUCUUCCUAAUAUUACAUUAGGUUUUCAAAUAUAUGACAAUUGCAAUAACAUUGCGGUUGCUCAUCGAGCUGGCACCGCUUUGUUUGGUGGAGUAAGCGGUACAAACACUGCUUCUGAUGAUAACUGUUUGGGGAGCCCUCCUGUGCUUGCCAUUGUUGGUGAUGCCAGGUCUUCACAUUCAAUUGCUAUAUCUAGGACAAUGGGGGUCUUCCACAUGCCUCUGGUCAGCUACUUUGCCACCUGCACAUGUUUAAGUGCUAAACAUGAGUUCCCAUCAUUCUUCAGGACAAUCCCAAGUGACGCUUUUCAAGUGAAAGCCAUAAUAAAAAUUCUGAAACAUUAUGGAUGGGUAUGGGUCGGUGUAAUAGCAACCGAUGACGAUUAUGGUCAAUAUGCACUGAAAUUAUUUAUUGAAGAAUUUAAAUCUUUUGGUUGCCUUUCUUUUGUUGAAACCCUCCCAACAGUUUAUGAAAAAGCAAAAAUUCUUCUGAUUGCUGAAACUAUAAAAAAAUCUAGUGCCAAUGUUAUUAUUGCAUUUGCUGGAGAAGAAGAAUUAAAUUACUUGGUUAAUGAAGUUGUUCUUCAAAAUAUUACUGGCAGACAGUGGAUUGCAAGUGAAGCAUGGAGUACGUCAAAUUUUUUAGCGAGCAGUGCAUUCUACAACUCAUUUGGUGGGACUUUAGGCAUUGCCAUCCGCAGCGGAGAAAUCCCAGGACUUGAACAAUUUUUUCUUCAGGUUCGUCCCAAUUUAAGACCUGAAAAUAAUUUAGUUGUUCAGUUUUGGGAAACAAUGUUUCAGUGCAAAUUUCAGCAAAACCUUAGCCAAGAAAAUACUAAUAGUAAACCAUGCACAGGAUCAGAGGACAUAAAAAGUAUGAAAACAGCAUAUAGUGAAACAGCAGAGAGAUCUACAUAUACAAUUUAUAAAGCAGUGUAUGCCCUGGCACACGCUCUUCAUAACUUGAUAAAGUGUGAAAAUGGAAAAGGUCCAUUUGAAAACAAUACUUGUGCAGACAAAGAUAAUGUGCAACCUUGGCAGCUCACUCAUUAUCUGAGGAAAGUGAACUUUACAAACCAUUUAGGUGAACGUGUUGCUUUUGAUGAAAAUGGUGAUCCUCUUGCUCUCUAUGACAUAGUCAACUGGCAACGUACUAAAGACGGAACAGUGUUUGUUAAGACUGUUGGCAUUUUUGAUGCAUCAAGCCGAGAUGAAGAAAAACUGACCAUUUCUGAAGAUCUUAUAUUCUGGAAUUCAAACUCUUUAACAGUUCCAGAGUCUGUCUGCAGUAAAAGUUGCUUUCCCGGAACAAGGAAAACGACUAGAAAAGGCCAGCCAGUUUGCUGUUUCGAUUGUGUACCCUGCGCAGAUGGAGAAAUCAGCAACAUAACUGAUGCCACAGAAUGCAUUAAGUGCCCUGAUGAUCUCUGGUCAAAUGCAGGAAAGAACCAAUGUGUUCUGAAAGAAAUUGAGUUUCUAACAUAUGAUGAAUCAAUGGGAGUAAUAUUAACUAUAGCUUCAUUGUUUGGAGCCAGCAUUUCCGUAUGCAUAUUAAUUAUAUUUAUCCACCAUAGGAACACCCCAGUCGUGAAGGCCAAUAAUUCAGAGCUAAGUUUUCUUCUUUUGAUUUCAUUGAUUCUCUGUUUUCUUUGUUCAUUGAGCUUCAUUGGGCAGCCAUCAGACAUAACUUGCAGGUUUAGGCAUGUAAUGUUUGGUAUCAGCUUUGUUCUUUGUAUUUCCUGCAUCCUUGUGAAAACAAUAGUUGUAAUAAUGGCGUUUAAGGCCACACUACCAGGAAGUAAUAUUAUGAAGCUAUUUGGGGUUGCUCAGCAGAGAGGAACUAUUUUUUUUCUUACCUUUAUUCAGUCAAUGAUAUGUUGUAUAUGGCUAGUUGCAGCCCCACCUUUUCCAACUAAGAACAGCAAAUAUUUGAACACAAAAAUUAUACUUGAAUGUGAUAUUGGAUCACUUAUUGCCUUCAGCUGCACUCUGGGUUAUGUGGGCUUAUUAUCCUGCAUAUGCUUUCUUAUAGCAUUUCUGGCCAGAAAUUUACCAGAUACAUUUAAUGAAGCCAAGUUUAUAACUUUUAGCAUGCUCAUUUUCUGUUCUGUCUGGAUCACUUUCAUACCUGCUUAUAUCAGCUCUCCUGGGAAACACACAGUAGCUGUGGAGAUAUUUGCUAUUUUGGCUUCAAGUUUCGGUGUCACCAUUGCAAUUUUUGCACCAAAAUGUUACAUCAUUCUGCUUAAGCCAGAAAGAAAUACUAAGAAGGCUCUAAUGGGCAGAGUUGUUUCUUAG